AACAGAUAAGCCGGUUUUAAAAGAAUGCUCAGUGGGAGUCCUGUGACUGGAGCAGCACGCAGGUCUGAGCCCGGGGAGGACGUCAAGGAGAAGUAAAAGAUCGGAGUCUGGUUGGUACCGUCUCCCGCUCCCACUCCGGCCCCCGUUUCGGCUGCAGCCUCGGAUCUCCUCCGGCCCUCGGCCCACCAGGUUGCAUCCUCCCGCCGUGUCCCUGCCCUGUGCCCGCAUCUGCUUCGGGAACCCCCAUCGUCCGAGCCGGGAACCCCCAUCGUCCGAGCCUCCAGGCAUGGCUGGUCCCUUCUCCCGCCUGCUGUCUGCCCGCCCAGGGCUCAAGUUUGUGGCUUUGGCCGGAGCUGGAUCUCUAGCCGCCGGGUUUCUGCUUCGCCCGGAACCUGUGCGAGCCGCUGUUGAACGACGGAGGCUCUAUCCUCCGAGCGCUGAGUACCCAGACCUUCGAAAGCACAACAACUGCAUGGCCAGUCACCUGACCCCAGCAGUCUAUGCCCGGCUCUGCGACAAGACCACACCCACUGGUUGGACGCUGGAUCAGUGUAUCCAGACUGGCGUGGACAACCCUGGCCACCCCUUCAUCAAGACUGUAGGCAUGGUGGCUGGAGAUGAGGAGACCUAUGAGAUAUUUGCUGAGCUGUUUGACCCUGUAAUCGAAGAACGACACAAUGGCUAUAACCCCCGGACAAUGAAGCACCCUACAGACCUGGAUGCCACCAAGAUUCGUUCUGGCAACUUUGAUGAGAGGUACGUCUUGUCCUCGAGAGUCAGAACGGGCCGCAGUAUCCGAGGACUUAGCCUGCCUCCAGCCUGCACUCGGGCCGAGCGGCGAGAAGUGGAACGUGUUGUGGUCGACGCACUGAGUGGCCUGAAGGGAGAUCUGACUGGACGUUACUAUCGGCUCAGUGAGAUGACAGAGGCUGAACAGCAGCAGCUCAUUGAUGACCACUUUCUGUUUGAUAAGCCUGUGUCCCCCUUGCUGACCGCAGCAGGAAUGGCUCGAGACUGGCCAGAUGCUCGUGGAAUCUGGCACAACAAUGAGAAGAGCUUUUUGAUCUGGGUGAAUGAAGAGGAUCAUACACGGGUCAUCUCCAUGGAGAAGGGGGGCAACAUGAAGAGAGUGUUUGAAAGAUUCUGCCGAGGCCUCAAGGAGGUGGAGCGGCUGAUCCAGGAGCGUGGCUGGGAGUUCAUGUGGAAUGAGCGUUUGGGAUACAUCUUGACUUGUCCCUCCAACCUGGGCACUGGACUGCGGGCUGGAGUGCAUAUCAAGCUGCCCUUGCUCAGCAAAGAUAAUCGCUUCCCAAAGAUCCUGGAGAACCUUAGACUUCAAAAGCGGGGUACUGGAGGAGUGGACACAGCUGCCACAGGCAGCACCUUUGACAUCUCUAACUUGGAUCGACUGGGAAAGUCAGAGGUGGAGCUAGUGCAACUGGUCAUUGAUGGAGUAAACUAUUUGAUUGACUGUGAGAGACGACUGGAAAGAGGCCAGGAUAUCCGCAUCCCUCCACCUCUCGUGCACAGCAAGCAUUAACUCCUCCUUGCUAACAGAUCACUCAAGAUCCCUGGGACUUCUGCACAUUAUAAUGAUGGCCAAUCCUAUUUGUCCCAGACUUGCUUCUAUCCUAGUAAAGACUCCUUGCUACA